GCCGCCGCCGCCGCCGCCGCCGCCGCCGAGCCGCCCCAGUGCUUGCUGAUCUGCCUCCAGGGCCACUGCCAUGUCGAGUCGCGGUGGCAAGAAGAAAUCUACCAAGACCUCACGGUCUGCCAAGGCAGGUGUCAUCUUCCCUGUGGGGCGGAUGCUGCGGUACAUCAAGAAAGGCCACCCCAAAUACAGGAUUGGUGUGGGGGCACCCGUGUACAUGGCGGCUGUGCUGGAGUACCUUACAGCGGAAAUUCUAGAACUGGCUGGCAAUGCGGCAAGAGACAACAAGAAGGGGCGGGUCACACCACGGCAUAUCCUGCUAGCGGUGGCCAAUGAUGAAGAACUGAAUCAGCUGCUCAAAGGAGUCACCAUCGCCAGUGGGGGGGUACUGCCAAACAUCCACCCUGAGUUGCUUGCGAAGAAGCGGGGAUCCAAAGGGAAGCUGGAAGCCAUUAUCACACCGCCCCCAGCCAAAAAGGCCAAGUCUCCAUCACAGAAGAAGCCCGUGUCCAAGAAGACAGGAGGCAAGAAAGGUGCUCGGAAAUCCAAGAAGCAGGGAGAAGUGAGCAAGGCAGCCAGCGCCGACAGCACGACUGAGGGCACGCCUGCUGAUGGCUUCACGGUCCUCUCCACCAAGAGCCUCUUCCUGGGCCAGAAGCUGAACCUUAUUCACAGUGAAAUCAGUAAUUUAGCCGGCUUUGAGGUGGAGGCCAUAAUCAAUCCUACCAAUGCUGACAUUGACCUUAAAGAUGACCUAGGAAACACGCUGGAGAAGAAAGGUGGCAAGGAGUUUGUGGAAGCUGUUCUGGAGCUCCGGAAAAAGAAUGGGCCCUUAGAAGUAGCUGGAGCUGCCGUCAGUGCUGGCCAUGGCCUACCGGCCAAAUUUGUGAUCCACUGUAAUAGCCCAGUCUGGGGUGCGGACAAAUGUGAGGAACUCCUGGAAAAGACCGUGAAGAACUGCUUGGCCCUGGCCGACGACAAGAAGUUGAAGUCCAUUGCAUUUCCAUCCAUCGGCAGUGGCAGGAACGGCUUUCCGAAGCAGACAGCAGCGCAGCUGAUCCUGAAGGCCAUCUCCAGCUACUUCGUGUCCACAAUGUCCUCCUCCAUCAAGACGGUGUACUUCGUGCUUUUCGACAGCGAGAGCAUAGGCAUCUACGUGCAGGAAAUGGCCAAGCUGGACGCCAACUAGGCCGGGGGUGCCAUGGCCCCUGCCUCCUAUUGGAGAGAGAAAAAGGAAAAAAAACCCCUUGGCUCCUAGUGGGAGGCGGGAACCCUUUCAUUUUCAGUUUUGUUCAUCUAGAGAAAGGAAGAUUUUGGUUUCCAGUUUCAUUGUUUUUGACCUUCUGAGAUGUUUUUACGUUAGCACUGAUAGUCAGCAUUACUGUUGUUAAGCGCUGUGUUCCAGACCGUGUCUGACUUAGCGUCACCUAGGCGACCUUCUAGUCCCAUUCGGAUGAGCUCGGGUUGAUAGAGUGCAGGGGAGCGCCACCUCGUAGCCGCGGCGGAAGCCAGGAACCCCCGUCCGUUCCGUGUCUUGUGGUGCUUUAUUGUACACCCAGUGGCAUUCUUUUUACUCUGAUGUCCUUGUUUUUUGGUUUUUUGUUUUUGUUUUUUUCCCUGCGAAGGAAAAAAAAAAUCAUAAAUCUGCAGCAGGCCUAAUUUUUGUUUACUUUUUAAUGUCUCGACAGAUUUGAAAAUGAAAGAUUUAAAAGGCAGAACAGAAUCUGUUGUCCUUAAUUAUAUUUGCAAUUUGAAAUUUUGUGUGGAUUGAUUUAGUAAAAUGUUAAACAGUU